GCCCAUUCCACGGGUCCACGCUAUAUACUUGUUCCUCCCGCCGCGCGAAACCCUAGCUAGGGUUUGGCCUGCGCUUUUAGAUCUAUAUCCACCUAGCCCUUCAUUUGGAAAACCCCAAGUUUCAAACAUGAGUAAGCUUCAGAGUGAUGCUCUUAGGGAGGCAAUCUCAGGAAUCAUGGCUGAUUCCAAGGAGAAGAACCGUAAAUUUGUGGAGACCAUUGAGCUCCAAAUUGGACUGAAAAACUAUGAUCCCCAAAAGGACAAGCGUUUUAGUGGCUCUGUCAAGUUGCCCCACAUCCCUCGCCCCAAGAUGAAGAUAUGCAUGCUUGGUGAUGCCCAACACGUUGAGGAGGCCGAGAAGAUAGGAUUGGAUUACAUGGAUGUAGAGGCAUUGAAGAAGCUUAACAAAAAUAAGAAAUUGGUGAAGAAGCUAGCCAAAAAAUAUCACGCUUUUUUGGCUUCUGAAGCAGUCAUCAAGCAAAUUCCUCGUCUCUUGGGACCUGGUCUCAACAAGGCAGGGAAGUUCCCAACACUUGUGACUCACCAAGAAACUCUCGAGUCAAAGGUUAAUGAGAGUAAGGCUAUGAUCAAAUUCCAGCUUAAGAAGGUGCUCUGCAUGGGAGUAGCUGUGGGGAAUGUUAGCAUGGAGGAAAAACAAAUCUUCCAAAAUGUACAACUGAGUGUUAACUUCCUUGUCUCAUUGUUGAAAAAGAACUGGCAGAAUGUAAGGUGCUUGUAUCUGAAGAGUUCCAUGGGGAAAUCGUACCGUGUCUUUUGAGUGGCUGUUCUUUAAUUCAGUGAAUUUCUGAUCGCACUUAGUUUGCUUAUUUAUCUUGAUAGGUGGACAUAAUUUUUCAUCGUUCUACAAUUUUGUUGGAUGAGUAUUUUUGGUUAAUAUUUCUUGUUAUUGAUAUGCUAUGUUUCAAGUGCUUUGCAAUGUCGGAUAAUUUUAGGGGUACUAAAUUUAAGCUACCCGUGUUUUUACUAUACAACUCAUUGCGCUGACUAUCAUGA